AUGCUGAAGGAAUGUCAUCUAGAUCCUCCAGUGGAAUGCUGGAGGGAUGUCACAGGACAAAAAGGUCCAAGUACAGCAGUGUCAGUGGACGGGAAUGUCUCCGGACAAAAAGAUCCAAGUACAGAAAAUCCUAAAAAUCACAAUUCUAGAUCCUCCAGUGGAAUGCUGGAGGGAUGUCACAGGACAAAAAGGUCCAAGUACAGCAGUUACAGAAAUCCUGAAAGUGAUGAAGACAUUUUCACAAUUAUGGAAACUAACAUUUCGGAUGACAAACUGUUUCACAAUUAUGGAAGCUAA